UCAGGUGAGCUUGACGGCGUCAUCCCACGCUCCCCAGUCAAACCAGAUCUCGGCUUGAAGGUAGACCUGUCCCACAAUGUUCAUCUCAAAUGUGAUAUCGAAACCGACGGUGAAGCUGAUGGUAGGGUAAAGCUAGAGAUAUCCGAUGGAGAGAUGCCCGCAUAGAUACUUCCUUACCUGUAGAACGUGUCGAACUCCUCGCUGGGAACACCGAAUAAGGCCAGUACGUUUGGCAGCAGGCCGCGGUAGAAGUAGAAAAAGAAUGUCUCCUCAGAUGUGAGGAAUGAGGGCAGAGUGAUGGCAAGCUGACAAUCAAAGGAGCCUGUCAAGGCACCGAAUUCGACCUGCGCAUUACACGAUAGGGGCCCCCAAUCAAAGCCCAGGUGGAGACCCUCGUCAAGGAUCUCCCCGUGUUCUUUAACGAGGAAUGCUUCCUGCAUGCACAGUGCACACACCAUAUGAAUAUGGGAAUGCACAAGUAAGCAUAGGCGCUUCCUCACCUGCUGACAGGGAGUACAUGAUCCCUUGUUCUCCUUCUCACACAUCUCCAGCUCCCGUCGAUUGAGUCGUCUUCUUAUGCCUCCCACCACCCGCUGCAUCUCUUUGGUCACGUUUGAAUCAUUAAGUGUCUCGUUGAUAUAGCGGAGGGCACCCUCCAUGGACCCCGGCGGCAGGCAAUCACCGUGAUCCCAGCCAAAUAUUGAGAGGAAGCAACCGCAGUCGCAGAUACCAUCACCCUGCAAGUAGAUAUGGUCUGAUCUCUCAUUUGAUGCCUGAGCGUUUUCUGAUCCCUACUUGCAUGCAGGGCGUGCACUGGUAAGGCUCGUCUUCAUUUCGCAGGCAGUGGCGAUACAGACGCUCGCCAUGAGGGCCCUCGUGGGAGUGCUGGAUAUCAUGCUUGACGUCUCGCUGAAUCUCGAGACACGAGCCGCCGGAGCAUUCGAAUUCACCCUAGAAGAAGAGACACGAGCAAGGAGGUCUGAUCCUUUGCAGCGAUGUGCAAUGCGGCUAGAUACCUGCACAUAGACGUCUUGGUGCGACACCAGUGUGAGGCCAGAGCUAUUGAUCACGUGACUGUCGACACAGUCCAGCUCAGGCUCCUCGUCAUCGCACAGAAAGCUGCAAUGCUGGGCUUCGUGUGCUCGCUCAAGUGUCACUUUUCCCUCCUCCACCAGCUGCCGCCAGCGGUACUUCUGACGGACAAUCAGCCUGACACUGGCGUCACGUCUCACGUUGAAGUGAAAGUUCUCACAGGCGCGGUAGGACAACGGGCUGCCGGUCUCGUUGAUUUGGUAGAAGAGCGUGUGGUCAAAGAAGUUGAUUACCUCAGCCUGCCGUGCCUUCCUUCGCGGCCAUUGAUAAGUGAGUGGCUUGUUCGUCGAAGUAUCGGUGAGCGUGAUGGCGUGGGAAGGCAAGGGCGGCCAAGAGAUGGUGUAGUCUGACCCGUUGACUGUGAAAUGCUGCGGGAUGGUCAUGAAGGUCACGGGGGCGGAUGAUGAGUCGGACAGGCCGUAGAUGCAGCUGAUGUUGCCGCCUCUCUCAGACUGCGCGAAUGGCGCCUGCAGCUGACCCUUCCACGUCCCUUCGGCGAACACACAACAAAUCGCAAUGUAUGAGAGACCACAUCCAUGUAAGCAACAUGCGCUCAUGCUCGAUGGCUGUGUGCACCUUCGAUGUAUGGAAUGCCAUGACGCCUCCUUUGCGGGAUCGGGGACGCAUUGCUCAGCAGGAGGAGGGCCAAGGAGAUCAAGAGAGGAGGAGAAGCCCCCAUCGGGGACACCGUGAACGGGUUUGACGUCCCUGAUGGGGCAAUGAGGGUGAGGGAAGUACUACUUCAUCCACU